AUGAGUGCAAGUCGCUACGAGAUGGAGGCGUCACUACGCGCGACUAUCUUUGGCGAGAUUCAGCUGUGCCGAGACCGAGUUACACUCGAUCCCGUAGUGAUAAAGUGUGUGGACUUGUACUUGGCACUGCGACAGACGUCGCACUCGCAGGAGCUCGUACAGGAGAAUGUUCAGCUUGAGGUAGAGGUGAUGAACCGCGUGCGUACACUGGGUGGCCACCCGAACGUCAUCAAUAUGCACAGCUACUUUGUGGCCAACGGCGUGCUGCACAUGGUGCUGGACUACUGCGAGGGCGGUGAUCUGCUGGACGCGUGCGUGCAGUCGUCUGCCACAGCAAAAGAAGUCGAGUACAAGAGCUGCAAAAGUAAUAGCAACAACAAUCAGAAAGAGGACGCAGUCGUAGCAAAUGGAGCACGAGUAAUUAAUGUAUGGAGCCCAGAGGACGAAAACGAAGAUGUGGAGAACCACAGUGGAUCCUUCUUGAACGAUGUGGAUGGAAACAAGCGCAUGAAGGAAAGCGUUGCGCACAAGUACCUAGUGGAUGUGCUUUCUGGGUUGCGUUUCCUGCACAGCAACGGCAUUGCCCACCGGGACGUGAGUCUAGAAAACAUUCUGAUGCGCAACGGGAGUGCUGUGAUUACGGAUUUCGGGCUGUGCGUGCAGGACUCGUUGUUGUCAUCGACGUCAUCAUUGCACCGUUUGACGGCCCGUGAGUUUCUCUGUGAGGAGAUGGUUGGCAAGAACUACUAUAUGGCACCUGAGGUCGUGGCUCACGAGCACUACGACCCCAAAUGCGCCGACAUUUGGUCAACUGGUAUUGCAUUCUUCAUCCUAUUGACGUCGUCUCCACCGUUUGAGCGUGCAGACCCAUCGGACCCGGGAUUCCGGUACGUGGCGAAGCGCGGCAUCAAGGCGAUGUUUACGGCGUGGGGUCUUGAUCAGGACGUGUCAGAACAGAUGCAAGACUUGUUGGGGCGGAUGUUAUGUGUAGAUCCAGAGAAGCGCAUAACGAUGGAUGAAAUUUGGCAGCAUCCAGUUCUGCAGCGGUUGAAGGAUAAAUCGUUGGUGGGGAGAAGUGAACGAUUAGACUAA